AUGCGUCUAGUAGGCAGGGGGAAGAUAUUGACAGAUGACAUUUGUUGGUGUGCAAAGUGAGUGCAAAUUAAGCUCUGGUGAGGUGUACCUGUCCGGAAAAGCUGUUUGUUGGGGCGUGUUUUGUGUAAUAGAGUUCCCAAAAAAUGAAGCCCCAUUACGACACAACAUGGUGACGAGUUGGGAAGUUACGUCCAUCGUCUUGACCUUCUUGCUGAUAGCGCCCACUCAACAACACCUUCGUUCGCCUGGCCUAGCACGUCGUCCGAGCCUUGAAAUCGAUAAAAGACGGUCGAGUACCGGCAGCACCAUCGGGCAAUGGAGCGUAAUCCCCGAAGAAAUCGUUUCCCGAAGAAAGCACACCCAAUUACCGGCAGACGGACAGAGCGCCGGUAGUAAAUUGAUAGAGUGCUACUUUGAAGGCUCUUCUGUGCAAUCAUUUAACCGCAAACAGGUCGUCAGGCUGCAAUCUGCUCAAGGCAUCAGCCCACUUCUGGUUCAAAGUUCUCCCUGCCCCCGCCACUCCCACCGUUCGACCUCGAAUCAAUCCGGCCAAGACGUGGAUGCACUAGAACCGUCAGCAGGAAGAAACCCGUCCGGUAAUGAUGGAAGAAAGUUUCCUGGAAUUAAUGGUGAGCGGAGUAGUUUAUAGUGGAGAGGUGAAACCAGCAUUGUGUAUUGCUUCAAAUUGGCCUCCGUUUCAUUUUAGCAACCUUGAGGUGGAGAUGGAUCGAGUCCGGGAGUCAAGGUGCGUUCGGGUUGAAGUUGUGGAUUUGUGGCUCGGUACGGAGUGAACAGUCGAUGGCAUCCUCAGCUGCACAAGGACACCAUGCCGAAGGACUUGUCCCAAGUGCAAGCGAGAUGGUGAUUGGUGAUGCCACCAAUAGAUGUGAGUUGUGUGGUGUUGUGCAACUCACCGGACAACCUGAAGAAUUGUGGGAAAACUUGAAAAGGCUUCAAAAUCACUUCACCACUCCGAUAGGGCACGGUGCAACAGAUGGACAACGAUAUGGCGUAGUGUCCUCGUGUGAAACACCCGAGGGAUAUUGGUUUCGGUACGAAAGAAUUGAUAAACGGAAACAAUCUGAAGAGCUCCGGACGGGUACCGACUUUUUGGGCAAGUUUGAUGGUUUUGCGCCGGGGAACAUGUGUCGCCGGCCGGAGAUAAAGCCUUGCACGGUAAAUACCCUCGAGAGUCAUCCAUACCGUGUGGCAGAAGUUAUAUUGUCAGCGAACGAAACCGACGACGUUCCGGUGAUGAAGGAAGAGUACACACACUACAACUGCUCCGAGGGUGCUUCGAACCUUGGAGAUCGCAUCGUUGGUGGGCGGAAUGCACUCGACGGUGAUGCUCCUUUCCACGUAUCGUUAAGAAAUCUCCACCAUGAGCGUCGGUACGGCUUCGGACGUGGGUUGUUCUGCGGUGGUUCACUGAUUACUGCCCACCGCGUACUGACCGCUGCACACUGUUUUACGACGCAUCCGGCCAACAUGGUCGUAGUGGCCGGCAUAUUGAAUCGGUUCGAUCGAUCGGAACGUAUGCAGCAACGCCAAGUGUUCCGAUACCUGUGCCAUCCGGACUGGAACCGAAGGAGUAUGUACGCGGACAUUGGGCUCGUAUCGUUGCAUGCGCCGUUCGGUAUCGGAGAUCCUCCCAGCAAUUUACAAGUGAUUGAGCUGCCAAACCACGGACCGAGCGGUGGGGAACGCUGCACCAUCUUUGGCUGGGGUCAAACGCGCGAAGGUCGAAAACAGUUCCAGCCCGUGUGUCUGCAGAAAGCUGAAGUAAGUGUGCUGGAUCUGGACCGUUGCAAGCGUUCCUUGCAGCGGGUUUUGCACGUCCCCGGUGGUACGUUUUGUGCCGGUAGCUUCGCCGGUGGAGUGGACGCGUGUCAGGGCGAUUCCGGAGGUCCGCUGGUUUGCGACGGUACACUUUAUGGUGUCGUUAGCUUCGGUUGGGGCUGCGGGAGGUCUCAGUUUCCCGGCGUGUACACCGACGUGUUCGUGCAUCGCCGGUGGAUUGAAGCAUCAGUGGACAGCGAUCCAAGCACGUGGAACAGUGGUGCAACGGUUCGGAUCGCAGCCACGGGACGGCGUACCGUUCUCGGUGUAAUAAUAAUGUUUAGCACCGUGCUGCUGUCGUAAAGCGUCGGGCUUCAUUUUCUUCGAA